CAAAACUUCCUUCUCUCUAAACAUUCACUCUCACUCUCUCUCUCUCUCUCUCUCUCUCUUAAAGAAGCAAACAAGAAAAAGAAAAUCUCUAUCAAGAAAAAGAAAACAAGAAAAAAAAAAAAAACUCUAAUGGAGAUGGAGGCAAGCACCACAGAAGUAGGCAAGAAACUAUGGCAUAUAGUACGUGUAGUAUUUUUCAUGCUAAGAAAAGGAAUAUCAAAGAGCAGAAUAAUGCUGGACCUCCAUUUGAUGCUUAAACGAGGUAAUAAGAUAGCAGGAAAAGCCAUAGGCAAUCUCAUCUACCAUCACAACAACUCUUCUUUCAGUUGCCGUUCUAAUGAUGCUCUUAACUUCAUAUCUCCACGUGAAUAUGAAUUCAGUUGCAGUAAUAGCCCUGCUUUUUACCCUUUUAGCACUCACAAACGCAAAAACCACCACUUCCAUUUGGCCAAGUCUUACAAAUACGACGACGCAACAACCGUCGCGGCGGUGCAGAAGGUGUUAGGAAUGUUUAACAACGAGGUUGCACCCGAGGCGGCUUCGCCUAUGGUGUUGCCAGGCUUUGGUAAGAGUCCGAUGGUUAGACAGUUGAGAAUAACUGACUCACCUUUUCCGAUAAAGGACGACGGUGACAGUCAGGUGGAUAAAGCCGCGGAGGAGUUCAUUAAAAAGUUUUAUAAGGAUUUGAAGUUGCAAAGAACUAGUUCUGCUUUCGAGUCACCGUACCAUGGAAUGUGGGUUAGAUGAUGAUCAGUAUUGGGUCAUGACUGUCCUCCUACAAUUUCUGGUUUAAGCUUGCAUGUAAUGCAAUCCUCAAAGGCAAGUUGAUCGAGCAAGAUUUAAUUAUAAUUAACUAGCUAUAUUUGUCAGAUUAUUACAUAUAAGAUCACGUGAUUAACAUGUUAAUUACUGUAUGUAUAUGGAUCACGUGACAUAUUUUUUAUGACAAAUAUAGCUGGUUAAUUAAUUAAUUACAUGAGAGAUGAUGAUUAAGUGAAGGUGUAAGACUUGUGCUUUUUUUU